AUGUUCUUAGUUUUAAUUUUAUUAUUAAAAACUUAGGGCUAUUAUCUAGGCUAAGUGAGCUAGAUUGGAUCUGAUCUACUUGAAGUUUAUCUAUUUCCACAUUCUCAUAAUGAUGUUGGAUGGUUAAAAACAAUGAAUGAAUAUUAUAAUGAUUAUCAUGGAGUCAAAUAAAUAAUUAAUUCAUAUAUUGAAGAACUAAUUAAGGAUAGAUAAAAACAUUUUUCUUAAGUAGAGGUUGUAUAUUUUAAAAAGUAAAAUAUAUAGAAUAUUUAAUAGGUGGUGGAAUGAAUAGAAUAAUACUAUGAAAGAUAUCAUAAAAUAAUUAAUAAAUAAUCAAUAAAUAGAAUUUUUAAGUGGAGGAUGGUGCAUGAAUGAUGAAGCUACAGCAUACUAUGAAGAUAUAAUUGAUUAAAUGACUUUAGGACAUAAAUUUUUACUGUAAAAUUUUAAUUAUACACCUUCUGUUGGUUGGUAAAUAGAUACAUUUGGACAUUCUCAUACUUAAGCACUUUUUUCAAGUAUGAUGGGUUUUAAUGCUUGGUUUUUAGGACGUAUUGAUUAAUAAAAUCGAUAAGAAAGAGAUAAAUAAAAAGCAUUAGAAUUUAUUAUUCAUUCAGAUUAAGAAAAUUCAAUUUUUACACAUAUCAAUUAUUAUGGUUUUUAUUCCUCUCCUAAAGGAUUUGAUUUUGAUAUUUCAAAUCCGAAUAGAUAAUAUGUUUCUAAUGAAAACUUAGAAUUAAAAUCUGAAGGAUUUGAUUAAUAUUUUAAAUAAUAGAGCAAAUACUAUAGGGGUAAAAUAUUAGCUCAUACUCUUGGCAUGGAUUUUGAAUGGUCAAAUGCUUCUAGUUAUUUUUAACAAAUGGAUCGUAUAAUUUAUUUUGUUAAUAAUAACACUGAAAAAUUUAAAAUGUCUAUUUAAUAUGCAACUCCAUAAUAAUAUAUACAAAUCUUAAAUUAACAAAAUAUUACAUACCCUAAUUAAGAAGAAGAUUUUUUUCCUUAUUCAGAUCAUCCUCAUGAAUAUUGGUCUGGUUUCUAUUCAAGUAGACCAUAUUUUAAAAGGUAUGUCAAAAAAAUGGGUCGAUAUUUUUAACAAGUAAAAAGAUUUUAUUCAAUAAUAAAAAUGAAUAAUAUUUGUAAAAACAUUUGUGAUGAAUCUUCAAUCUCAGAAUUAGCCGAGGCUUUAGGUACAGCCUAACAUCAUGAUGCAAUUACUGGUACUGCAAAAUAAUAUGUAAUUGAUGAUUACAUUAAUCAAAUUAAAAAAGCUCAUCUUAAGAUGAAUAAUCAAAUUUAUUCAAUUUUAAAUUAUUUAUCAAAUACAUCCUCAACAUUUCAUUUACUAUGUCAUUUUAAUGAAUCAGACUCUUGUGAUUCUUUAGUUAAGCCUCUGAGCUAAAACUAAAGUGUAAUUGUUACUAUAAUUGAUACAAAAAUCAAUAAUGAGGGUAAUGAAUAUUUAAAAAUAUCGAUUCCAACAAAUAUCAGUAUAACAGUAAAAGAUGAAAUUGGUAAUCUAAUUGAGGGAGAGAUUAUUUGUAUAAAUAAUCAAUGUAUUCUCUAUUUACUUAGAAAGAUAGAUAAUUCAAAACUUUUACAUAAAAUACAUAUAACUGUUUGUUCUAAUAAUGACACCAAUAUUGUAAGAUUAGAACCUAAAUUUAUAGAAAUUAAUAAGGAUACUAAAAUAUUUGAUAAAUUUUAUUUGCUCUACAAAGCUUAUUUAUCAAAUUCAUCUAGUUUAAGCAGUGGAGCAUACAUAUUUAAACCAAACGGAAAUGCCUAAGAUUAUGGUGAUUAUCUAUCAGCCAUUUAAUUUACUGGUAAAAUGAUUUAAUAGAUUUAUAUCGAAAAAACUACUUUAAAGGUAUGGAUUACAAAAUUUAAAGAUUAAAAUAUCUUUUCUAUUGAUACUUUUUUAGAUUCUGUUGAUAUUUCUGAUUUAAAUGGUAAAGAAAUAGUAUUUUAAAUUUACUCUGACAUCUAAAAUAAUGGAGUGUUUUAUACAGAUAGUAAUGGAUUAAAAUUAUAAAAACGUAUAAUUAAUCAUAGGGAUUCAUGGAAUGUAAAAAUGAAAGAAAAAAUAGCAGGCAAUUAUUUUCCAGUUAAUGGUGUUAUCAUGAUUGUUGAUAAUUUUGGAAAAUAAUCUUGUGCUAUUUUAAAUGAUAGAGCAUAAGGAGGAAGUAGUCUAAGUGAAGGAGUUAUUGAGUUAAUGUUAUAAAGAAGAUUAGUAAGGGAUGAUAAUAAAGGAUUAUCUGAGGUUUUGGAUGAAUAAGAAAUUUAUAAUGGUAUUAAAGUAGGAUAAAAAUAAAUGAUUUCCCAUACGGUGAUUUUUUAUAAUCAUCAAGAUUAACCAAAUCUAAUAAGGGAAUUCUAAUAUAAAUAAGAUUUAUAACCUUUGUUAUAUUUUUCAACAUAGAAUUCAAUAACAUAUUCUUCUCUGUUGGAUAUAUUCUAAGGAUUUUUGAUUAAAAAUUCAGAUUUAAAUUUGGGCAAACUUUAUAUAGAGCCUUGGCUUGAAGAAAAUCAAUAUUUAGUUAGAGUUCACAACAUGAGGGAAGAAGGAAUUUUAAAAUUAAAUUUCCCGAAAGGAUUAAAAUUUUUAGAAACAACUUUAACUGGAAAUUAAGAUUUAAAAAUUUGGAAGAAUAAAAGAUUAAGUAAUUGAUUUUUAUUAUUUAGAAUGGAAUGAAAGCCACACAACAAAAUAAUCUGAAUAUUAUUAAGAUGAUGAAGUUGGACCUAUGAAAAUUAAAACUUGGAUAGUAACCAUUUGA